GUUGCUGAAAAUUCGUCGACAGCCCACAACCAGUUUCGCCCUUCUUGGGCCUCAUCAGAUGGGCGGAGUCCCCGAGUUUCCGUCAACCCUAUGUCCUACUUGAAACCAAAUUGCACAAAAAUAGGGAAUACACACUCAUUUAAAAAAAAUUUGGCUCAGUUGACUACAAUGAGCGUGGGCGAAGCGGACAUCGCCACAGAGUCUGACAAACUAUACUUUCCAUUGCUAUUCAACAGUGAUCCUGAAAGACAACUUAGCCUAAACUGA